GCUGAGCUGAUGAGUGGCCUAAUUGAGUAUUGCAUUGAGCUGAGCCAGGCCUCUGAGCCCACUCUGCCCCAGGAGAGUGCAUCUGGACCUCAGGAAGCUCCCAGCUCCUCUCCACCACCCACUCAGCGCCCCAAGCUGCGGAGGCAGGGUAGUGUGGUGUGUAGCCGGAUUCAGCAUCUCUCCACCAUUGACUAUGUGGAAGAUGGUAAGGGGAUCAAGAGGGUGAAACCAAAGCGCACCACGUCCUUCUUCAGCCGGCAGCUCUCCUCCAGCCAGGGCAGCUACACCGUGGUACAGCCCACUGACGACAGCCUGGAGCAGAGCUGAGGGAAGCCAUGCCUGACAUCUGGGUGCCCCAGAUCUGACUGAAUAGGCACUGCCCUAGGCAGGACUAAGCCACAAUAGUCCCAGAGGCUGUGGGUCUAGGGCCGUGCUGUUCAGGGUCUGCUGGAAAAGGGUUGUCCAAGUUUGCCCAGAACCUGACUGGAAAGAGCUGGCCUGCCGCCCUUUCUACAGCCUGUCUCUUCCUGAACUCCAGGCCCAGCAGCUGACAGAGACCCCAGCUGCUCCUCUGUGCACCCCAAGUGAACUGUGUCCUCUCUCUGAAGGAACUGCUGGCAGUUCCAGUGGCAGGUGACUGAAGUCAGAGCUCAGGACCUCCAAGUUUAGUGUUUGCCUUUGGUCUCUGGGACCUUGGUGACCGUAUCUUGUAUUUCUUCUGCUGACAUUCCACCCACACUACCAGGACAGGCUGCCACCUUCUCUCCCAGGUUGUGUGGGACUAGAGGGAGUCUCUGCAGGCAGAGACUGAGCAGUUGGGCUGCCUUGCUGUGGCCUGUGUUGCCGGUCUCUGUGCUGAAUGGUAACUGUCCUAGGGAUGACUCCACACUCCACACAGGAAAAGCCCCCCCGGCAAGCCCUUACACCUCCCUGGGCUUGAAUGGCUCUGUCACAUACCUGCCAUCCCCAUUGUUUUCCUGUGAUGUGGGUGUCAGGGUGUUAGAUUUUCAACUGCUUAGAGUGGUUAAAGCCUAGGACCUGGCCACUCACUCACCCUUUGCUAGCCUCAGCACUACACUGGGCUUCCCUGAGGCUGGCCACACUAACUCAAGCCUUCUCUCCUAAGGAUAUUGUAAAGGGGGCCCAGCUCUGCCCCCCUGGCAGCAGUGACUGCUCUCAAGAGGAGCUGGUCCAGGGAGGGGAGCUUUCCAAGCUCUCAGGCCCCUCCGUGGUGCAUACACAGCUCUCAGUACUUCCUGGGAAUUCUCAGGGGGUCCCAGAGACGAAGAACUUAGCUUUGUCUUCACAGUGGAAAGCCACAGGAAUGCAAAGCCUCACUCACAUUUCUCCAAGUGAGAGCAGUUUACCUGCCCAGUGAGUUCUUGGCAGUAGAGAGAAAGAAAAGGCUGGCUUUGCUGUUGGAAUGUCUGUCUGUAGGGUGAUGUAGCAUAUGCUUUCCCAGAGCUACCAGCCCACUCUCUUGGUGACAGCCUUGGUCAUCUCCACUGCUGUUGAUGGCUCCACGGAUGUUAUGUGAGGGGCCAGGACGCGUGCAUGUAGGUACACAAACUAUGCAUUUUCAUUAAGCAUCACUUGUGCCUUAACCCUCUGGGACAGAGCACUGUGACUAAAUGUCCCGAGUGUCCUCAGUCUUUCCUAUCAAUUUGACUUAUUAAUAAAAUCAGUGCCUACCACA